AGAAAUUACUCAAAUCGUUUGUAGAAUAAUAUUGGUCUAAGUUUUGUUUGCUCCAACAAAUUUGUUAUUAUGGAUAACUCAAAAACCGCUCAACAAGCAUUCUGGAUUGAAUUCAUAAAAUUGUACAAAUCGAAACCAGUGCUUUGGAAGUAUGGAAGUGAAGUGUACAAAGAUCGGAUAGGAAAGAAGCAUGCUUAUUUGGAUUUAGUGGAGAAAAUGCGUGAAAUUGAACCAAACCCUGAUGUUGAUAUGGUGAAGAAGAAAAUCAACAGUUUUCGCGCGUGCUAUAGGCGCUUAUGUUUUAAUGCCCAGGAACAAAUUAAAAUUGGUGAACAGCCGGAGACUAGAUGGGUGUAUUUCAAACAUUUCAAGUUUUUAAAUGAAAUCUACGAUACUGAAGAGCAGGAUUCAGAUCAAAACAAUGACGAGGAGAACGAAGAUGACGUUGUUGAAUAUAUGCCGCAUAAAAGCAGCAAAAGUCGCAGUUUUCAGACGGAUUCUACCAGCUCCACAAGAUCGCUAAACGUUUCACUGGAUGAAACGCUUGAUCAAUCAAAGCAUAUAAAUGAAACAAGUUUUAAUAUGACUCUGAAUACUAAGGAAAACCAAAAGUUUUGGAUCGAAUUUAUUAAACUAUAUAAAUCAAAACUCGAACUAUGGAAAGUUAACAGUGCAGUGUAUAAAGAUCGUAAGGCGAAGAAAUAUGCUUACAUAGAACUAGUUGAAAAGUUGCGUGAAGUUCAUCCUAAUCCUACAGCUGAUAUGGUCAGAAAAAAAAUUAAUAUUCUACGGACGUCUUAUAGAAAGGAAUUGCAUAAAAUGAAACGAGCCAUAAGAUUGGGCAGAAAGCCUGUUAAUAAUUGGUUAUAUUUUGACCAUUUUUCCUUUCUAAAUGAGUCUAAAGAUCCUCUAGAGGAAACUGAUACUUCAAACGAAGCUGAUGAAGAUAAUGAUGAUUAUGGCCCGCUUGAUAAUACCGCUGAUCAUAUCGAAAGCACUGAUUUCGAUGCCAUCGAUGAAGAAAUAAACGAAGUUGUGGGACUUAGUCCAUCGAAGAACUCCUCAAAGAUAGAAAAUAAUUCGCAACCAUCUAGCCCAGCAAUACCGAUGCAUGAAAAACUACCUGUGUCACAUGAAAUAAAUCAACUCAGUGCAGAGGCUGAUGUAGCAAGUUUAAACCUAACGAAAAGGCAAAAAUUCUGGAUAGAAUUCAUUAAGCUAUACAAGUCAAAGCCAGAACUAUGGAAAUGUGACAGCGAGUUUUAUAAAGAUGCUAGAGCCAAGCGGUCUGCUUAUUUAAAGUUGGUGAAGAAAAUGCGUGAGAUUUAUCCAAAUGCUGAUGUUGGUAUGGUUAAAAGAAAACUCGACACACUCUGCUCUAUCCAUAGAAAAUUAAUGAGUAAAAUGCAGAAAGGACAGCGUUUAGUUGGGAAAGCGGCUGAUCAAUUGAUCUACUUUAAUUAUCUCUCGUUUUUAAACGAACAAAAUGAUCCACUGGACGAUAAUGAGGAUGACUGGAAUCAUUGCGAGUUUAAAAAAUAUAGUUCAAUCCAAGAUAAUACGUCAGAUAAAAAUUUACAAGACGAUGAUUUUGUUGCUGAUGAGCAUGAUCUAGUUGUGCAGUUUCUGACAACUAAAGAGAGUACAAAACGCCAAUAUUCGCCUUCUCCUUCACUGAACCACAAUGCAAGUGCACAUAAUGAAGUUGCAGACAUGCCAUUUAAGAAAUUUAAAGAAUAUAACGAUGAAGCUGAUAUUUUAGGUAUAAGUUGGGCAUAUCAAUACCGUAGUUUAAGUCAAACGCAAAAAAUUUUUGCUAAAAAGGCCAUUGAUGAUAUAUUGUUUGAAGCGCGCCUAGAGACAUUACAACGCCAUUCGGUUAAGAUCAAUGAGCGCGGUUGUGAUCGCUGUAAACACACGUAAUAAGUAAGUAUAUUACAGUUAUUUUUUUGUAGAAGCCCAAACAUUUACUGUUUUUUACAUUUCUAAAAUGCUUAUAAGAACUUACAUUUAUUAUUUCUUAAAAGAUGAAACAAAUAAUAUGUAAUCACCCUGUUAUUGUUAUGC